AAAAAUGCUAAUUCAAGAUUAAAUAAAUGGCAUGGCAAGAAAAUACAUGGAGCGACGACUAUCUAAAUCCCAUCGCACCACUAUACCCACGAGUUUCAAAGUGCAAGAGCCCUUUGAAUUCUACAACAAAGCAACUCCUUUUGUGCAACGGACACUCCUAUUUGUUGCCGACGAAAAUUCAGGGCCAAAGCAAAAUGAAGAAAGAAAGUGCGAAUCGCAAGAAUCCACAGAUGCAACACCUGGCACGUCUAAAUCGGAACAAGAAAAAUCACCUAAGAAAAACUCGUUUUUCUUCUCUCCCUCGAAAAGUUGCAAGAUUCAUGGCCGCUUUUUCCGCCUUCCGAGUCCUAAGAAGAAGGCUGAGCCGGGCGAUGUAGCCAGUAACCGUGGGGCGGCGGGGGGACUUAUCAGCUAUGCCCCGGGAUGGUCCUUGAAGGGUGAACAUCUUAUGAAAUGGCAGGAAUCUGGAAAAACAACCAUUGAGAUAUACACGGACUGGGCGAAUCAUUACCUGGAGAGGGCGCGGUCCCGGAAGCGCGUAGGUACAUCCGGUGGCGGGCUAGCCCGGGACUGCGCCGACGGGUUACUACUAGCUGACGUCUUAGAGGGUGUCACUGGACAGAAAGUACCACGAGCCCAUAGGAAACCACGGAGCCCACAACAAAUGUUGGAGAACGUGCAGUGCUGUUUGGACUUCCUCCAUGCCCAAAAAGUACAAGGAUUAGAACAAGUUACCGCUGUAGAUAUAAGGGAUGCCAAGCUUAAGGCAGUCUUAGCACUAUUUUUCGCACUAAGCAGACAUAAGCAAGCAUCUAAGCAAAGAAUAGCGCCACCUAGCGGCCAUGUACCGAACUCUCCUAAGAACUCAACUGAAGAUGUUGCAAUAAGUUCCGUCCAGCGUAUAACAGGUGGCAGCAGUGGGGAUGAUAUCUUGACUGUUUGCGGAAAUAACAUCGAUAUGACAACACUAACAGCAAAUCGGCAAGUCUCAGUGCUGCAGACAUCCAUCCCCCUACCUGCGUCUGCGGCGGCCGUGCGACGUGCCCCGCCGGACAAACGACCGUUACCCGCCACGCCUGUUCACGGUGGAAAAAGUGGUUUAUCUGCUAGCUCGAGCCGUUCAACCAGUCCAUUAGGACAAGGAGCUGCUAGUUUCAUACCUCGGGCACCGGCUUCAUCAUCAGGGUCAAGACCAAACUCGUCUUUGCUAGCGCCUAGCAGUAAGAUUCCAUCAACCUUAUCAACACCGCCUCAAUACUCACAAAAUGUAUCCAGCCACAAUGGAACUCCGACGAAGCAAUCCAUGCUAGAUAAAUUAAAACUAUUUAAUAAGGAUAAAGUCAGUAACGAAAAGCCGACAAGUAAAAGUACUGCUGUAUCAAAAAGAACUAGUUCCUCAAGUGGCUUUUCUUCCGCGAAGAGUGAAAGAUCUGAUUCUAGUCUCAGUUUAAACGAGUCUUCCAAUAUCCCCAAUACACAUAUCAAAUCUAAUAUAGUUGGCCCGAAAAAUCUAAGACUUCAGAAUGAUACCUUAAUGAAAGACAAAACAGGUAAAAAUGUGAAAUCUAAAUUACUAGGAUCGAAAGCUACGAAAGAAAGUCCAAUAAGUUUAAAUAAAUCGAACGUUAAAUCAAAUAAUGAACGUUCAAAAAAUAGUCCAAAAUUAUCAACGCGUGAUAAAGAUUCAAAAUUAGCAACGCCAAAAUCUGUUAGCAAUACAAAAUUAAAUUUAAUAGACGACAAUUCUAGAAAUAAGCCCAAAUUAGACUCAAAAAUGGUCAAAUUAUCAGGUAGUCAAGCAAAAUUAUGUGAAAGUAGAGGAGAUAAUAGCACAGAUAGCAAAAUAUCGGAAAGCAAUUCAAAUAAUACAAAAAAUCAAAGUCAAAUACAAUCACCAUCACCAACAGGAGGACAAAAUAUAUCAUUACCGAAUCACACUGGAAUUCCAAAGCCAACUGCUGCUGUAAAAGGAACAACUAAGAUAUCACGGGAUGAAAGACAUUUACAAAAAAGUUCUAAUAGUCAACUGAGUCCUAUUCAAAGUAAUUCUAGUUUAAACUCUACAAAUAAUGUAAGUGUUCCACCAUACUCAAGAGAACAAUCAAAUAUAAAUAAAGAAUCAAUUCAAAAGCAAACAUUAGCUGUUUCGCCAAUGCCAGUAGCUAACAAUACUCAACUUCAUCAGAACCCGAUAUCACAGAUGUCUGAAAGCUCACAUUCCAAUUCUACUCACAGUACUACAGGUCAGCAAUCUAAUUCUAGUGAUGGUAGUGUUAUAUACAGGCCUUCUAGUGAAUCGGGAUCAGAAAUUUCAAAAAGCAAUGUAAGUUCGAAUAGAAAAAUAGACAUGAACACUACAUAUAUAAAUGAUGUAAUAAAUGAAGCAGAACAUUCAGAGAAAGAAGCAGCCCAGAAACGAACUUUAAACAGCUCCGGUAUCAAGCAAAUAUUUGACCAUAACAAAACCCUAACUGAAGAGAGACAAGACAGCCGUUCUAGUACACCGACACACUGUAGAGAUAAUUCGUUAGGUGAAGAUGACAACCCUUUAAUGAAUGUUAUGCCAAUGCGGCCCUUACUCAGAGGUUAUAACAGCCAUCUUACUUUACCAAUGCGAACCUCAAGCUUAGCCCAAAAGAAUUUAACUGCGUAUCCACAUCACGCAAAUACCGUCAAACCCAAUUUUGGUCGAGAUAAUAGCUUUCGAGAACGGUUAAAUUUUAAUGCAGGUUUUUCGAAUCCAGAUUACUGUGAUCUAGAAAUUGCCUCAGGUUAUAUGUCAGAUGGAGAUUGCUUGAGGAGAAUUAAUAUGAACGAAGUAGACAAUAGCCGAAGCAACGAUAUUAUGGAUGGUUAUAUGUCAGAGGGCGGUGCAUCACUCUAUGGUCGUCGUAUGAACUACCAACAACAAUCACAGUUCCAACAAAUUGAUGAAAGACGUGGAGCACGUAGAAAUAUGGAAGGUGGGAGUGGAGUUGUGUACCGUGUAGUAGGACGUACUCGUAAGACGGAUUGUGGGCAGCAGACGGAGAGACAGCCGCCGAGGCAAGACACAACUUGGAAGAAGUACACCGACUCCCCUGGUGUUGGGGCUCCACCAAUGAGUCAGCCACCAGCUCCUCCCAGUCCAUCUCAUAGUCGAAAAAGCGAGCGGCGUGCGGGUCACCACUCGCCACAACACAAACGAGAGAAACUCACUGCGGCACAGCAACUCGGCAUCGCGCCACACCCUCAGUAUGCUGCCGCUAAUCCUUCAAAUCAGCAUGGAUCGAGACAAGGAGGCAGUGCGCAGCUUCAAUCCCCAAGUGGAGGCUCUCGUCCAUCCAGUGUGUCAAGCGGCAACGGGAGUAGCUCAUCAAGCAAGGCCAAAGGCCCACAGAACUUCGGCUACGCUAAACGACAGAAUGGCACCCAACAACCGCCCCCAUUACCGGCAAAUGGACCGCCGCAGCAUACACAUAGCGGAAGGACGGCACAAGUGACUGCUGUACCUAGAACAAAAGUAAAAGUAUCCGGAGGGACACAAACCUGUACCCAGGACCUACAAAUACACAAAAACGGUAUAGGACCAAAAUCCUAUUCGCUUCAAGGAAGUUCAGCCGCUCAACUUUCUGCUUCAGUAAGGGAGCGACUACUUGGAUCUCAGUCCUUGCCAAAGCCGGGAACUCAUGAAUUCGCUGCACUUUUUCAUCAUCACAGAGUACCUCCAAGAGGCGGUAUGAAGAUCAGCGACGGAAGUCUAUCAGACACUCAGACUUACUCCGAAGUGAAGUCAGAUUACGGAAUCCCCUACGCACCAUGGCUCAGACAUAGCAAUACAUAUUCGGCGACUGGACGUCUUUCUGAAGGAGAGUCUAUGGAAUCUCUGACGUCACUCCAUUCAGCGCAGCACACUACCCCUAACUCACAUCACCGCAGCUCACUCACACACAAUAAGCUCAUCAUGCAUCGAGACGCACAAACUUCGAGGCUUAACCGAAGCAACAGUAUUAGCUACCUCAGAGAUAGGACAUUCCCAAGAUCGACGAAAUCGGAAAAGCUAUAUCCGUCAAUGCUUCAAAGGUCUUCUGAGAGUGAUUACGAACCUUAUUACUGCCUGCCUGUCCAAUACGGUCCCGGUGGACAAGGUCUAAAUUACGGGGUAUCCGAACCACCAUCACCAUCACCGAGAUCGGCUCUCAGUCCUACGCACCAACCUGCCAGUGUCAUGCAUACUCCACGACAUUCACACCAUUAUCCCAAGAAAAACGAUGAAGUUCACGGAUCCACUGCUUCCCUUGUAUCAACCGCGUCUUCUCUUGCGGCGGGCGCCGGCGCCGAGGAAAGACACGCCCACGAGGUAAAUACGCCUGUUCGAAAGUUGAGAAGAGAGCUGGCGGACGCCAAAGAAAAAGUUCACACACUCACGACGCAACUCACAACUAAUGCGCACGUGGUGUCCGCUUUCGAACAGAGCCUCUCCAACAUGACCCAGCGGUUACAGCAGCUGACGGCCACCGCCGAGAGAAAGGACUCAGAGCUAACGGAGCUUCGGCAAACCAUCGAGCUACUUCGAAAGCAAUCUAUACAAGCUGGUUUGACAACGGCUCACAUGCAGUCUAUGGGUAUCCGGGCUGAUGGUGUCAAUGUUACUGGACAGGAACUACCACAGCCUCCAAACCAGCAGUCAUCUCCGCAAAGGUUAGCACAAACUGGUAACGGUGCGAUCACAAGACAUCUCUCCACCGAUAGCGUCUCCAGUAUUAACAGCUUGAGUAGUGGGUCCUCAGUACCUCAUGAUAAGAAGCAUAAAAAGAAAGGCUGGUUACGGUCAUCGUUUACAAAAGCGUUCUCACGAAAUGCAAAGAUUUCAAAAACGGCGAAGCAUGCGUCCCUCGGGCAAUUGUCAUCACAAGACAGUUCCUCUGGGUCGCAUCACUACGACGACCCGCACACAAUUAGAGAAGGAAGUAAUGAGAACAGCUUAGAGCAUUCCCACGAAACACUCGACAACUCAAAAGACAACACAACAUGCCCCGCGGCCAAACCUGAUGAACAAACCAAAGAAAAGCAAGACCAAGCUUUAGUAGACGAAUUAAAAAGACAAUUACGCGAAAAAGACUUAGUUCUAACAGAUAUACGAUUAGAAGCGCUUACUUCAGCUCAUCAAUUAGAAAGUCUCAAAGACACGGUUAUUAAAAUGAGGAACGAAAUGUUGAACUUGAAACAAAACAAUGAGAGGCUUCAAAGGUUAGUGACGUCAAGAUCAUUGGCAGGAAGUCAGAGUUCUUUAGGUACAGGUGGUUCCGCUGUGGAAGACCCACGAAGGUUCAGUCUUGCUGAUCAAGCCACAAUGCAUCAAGCAACAAUCGACAUGCACUCGCAACCUUUAGAUUUGGAUUUCAACUGUGUAACGUCUACUCCUUCGAGAGAUAAAAAAGGAUCACCUAAAUCAAACAUGGAACCAAUUUAUGGAAAUAAUGUAACGUGUGAACUUAAUGAAAACAGCGAGGCAAUUCUCGGCGCUCUCAAUGGCUCUAGUGAUAUAUUCACUAAUGGCCUGAACGCCGGUGACAGAAUGAGUGGAGAUUACGAUAUCAACAGUGUCCUUCCCCCGCCUAAAACACGAGAACUUGCCAUCGGGGAAAGCUAUUCGGAUAUCGGCGUUGCAGACAGCCAAGGAGAUACGACUGACGGGAAGAAAAUAGCAAUAGCUGUAUAUUUAGGCCAACCGGAAACAUUCCAGAGAUAUUUCGAAGAAGUCCAAGAUACGCUCACUGAAUCAGAGUGCAGAUUCUACGCGAAACAAUCCGCCAGCGCCUACAGUAAUCAUUACGAGAAACAGUCUAGUUUUGACUCACCGCGGAUGUCACAAACUCAUAGUCCCGAAAUAGAAACCCAAGACUACCCCCAAACUAUAAAUAAGUCAAACACUAAUAGCCUUAAGAGUAACAAAUCGACACAUAGUAAUUCCUAUAAGCACGUUUAUAAUAGUGAUUCGACAAUAAAUUGUAAUGAAUUUACAAUAGCCUUCACGUAUAUUUCGGGAAAGACUACUUGGCAGAACUUAGAUUAUAUUGUGAGAAAAACGUUCAAGGAUUAUCUAUCGAGGAUUGACCCGGGUACGAAUCUCGGUCUCAAUACGGACUCAAUAACAUCGUAUCACUUGGGAGAAGCGACUCGAGGCCCUGAAAUUGGUUUUCCUGAAUUACUCCCAUGCGGUUACAUCAUUGGAACUGUGACUACACUGUACAUAUGCCUCCAAGGUGUUGGAAGUUUAGCCUUUGAUAGCCUUAUACCAAAAAAUAUUGUAUAUAGAUACGUUUCUCUACUGUCGGAACACCGGCGCGUGAUUCUGUGCGGGCCGAGCGGCACUGGCAAAUCAUAUUUAGCAGCGAAAUUGGCAGAAUUUUACGUGCAACGGACGCAGCGGCGAGGAAAUCCGGCUGAAGCGGUAGCGACUUUCAACGUGGAUCGUAAGUCCUGCAACGAGUUGCGAGCGUACUUGGGGAACAUAGCAGAGCAAUGUGGCGCGGCAGUUGGCGCUGAUGAAGCCGCAUUGCCAUCUGUAGUUGUAUUAGACAAUUUACAACACGCGUCUGCACUUGGUGACGCUUUCGCGGGAUUACUGCCACCUGACAAUCGGAACAUGCCUGUUAUUAUUGGCACAAUGUCGCAAGCGACUUGCAAUACUACGAACCUGCAGCUCCAUCACAACUUCCGAUGGCUUCUAACGGCUAACCACAUGGAGCCAGUCAAAGGAUUCCUAGCUAGGUACCUACGUCGAAAGCUGUUUUCUCUGGAAUUACGGCUAGGUAGGCGAGAGCCAGCACUAGCUGCCGUUUUAGAAUGGCUACCAGGUGUCUGGUCAACCCUUAAUGCGUUUUUAGAAGCCCACUCAUCCAGUGACGUCACAGUUGGGCCAAGGCUAUUCCUAGCUUGCCCGAUGGACUUGGAAGCUAGUCAGGCAUGGUUUGCGGAUGUAUGGAACUACAGUAUAGUUCCAUACGCGUCAGAGGCGGUGCGUGAAGGCGUAGCUCUUUACGGUAGAAGACGACAUGCAGCGAUUGACCCUCUGCAACACGUUAAGUCUUCUUACCCAUGGAGAGAACCUAAUCAUUCUCAUACUCUACGGCCAAUAACAGUUGAAGACAUGAAUAUCGAGGAAGGCAGCCAAGAAGCCGUAAAUCCUAACCAAGAUCCUCUGUUAAACAUGUUGAUGCGACUUCAAGAGGCAGCUAACUACAGCGGAAACCAAAGUCAAGACUCAGACAAUGCGAGCAUGGACUCGAAUCUCACACACGACAGCUCUAUGGGCAACGAGCUUUAAAAUAUACUAAAUAAUUAAGUUUAUACUCUUGGGUUUUUGGACCUUCGACCGAAAACACAAUUGAGACUAUACAGUAUUGUUGACUAAUGUAAUUAAUUUUGCUAUAACGCGUAUUUAUUAUACAACACAAGCACAAUAAUCUAUUUAAUCUAUGAUUUACUGAACGACUUUGUUAUAUUAAAAUUAUUUGACAAUAUUUAUUUCAAGUUAAAUAUAAAACAAAGUAAAUUGGCAGUAAAUCUUCAUUCAUACUCUACAAGUAGGUUUAUUUUUUGAAACCUCGCAAUAUUUUAAUUACAUUAUUAGAUCUUUUUUUUGAUUUACAAAUAAUGCAAAUAUUGAAUGUAUAAGAAAUUUGCUUUGAUUUUUCUGAAUUACUGUUUCUUAAGCAUGCAGGUAACGCAUAAAAGAUAGUAUUUUUUAAGUUCUGUUUCAGUUAAAGUAAAAGUCAGACUUAUGUAUACACAGCCAAAUAUUUGCCAUACAUAAACAUAUUUUUUUGGUUAUCUGUUGUAUUUCAUGAAUUUUAUUAUGUAGAUAUUAUACAAAGUUAGUAUAAAUUCAAAUUUUUUAUUUAAAUUUUCAAACGAAAGGAUUAGCUCUGCAUAUUUGUGGAUAAUAGCAAAUACUAAAAGCAAGAGUAGCAGCCUUUCUCUUUUUGUUGUAUUUUUUCACAGAAAAUUUUUAACGCCUUCGUUAAAAAGUUUCAGAUAGUACCUAUAAUUCGUGAAAAAUACUCAACUACAGUGCCUGGAGCUAUAUUUAAUUUUUUAACAGUGUUUAAUUGUAAUAUUAUGAAUUGUGGCUUUUACUAUUGUUAUAUUUUUCAAAGUUAGGAAUAAUAAUGACGCAACUGCAUAACUAUGUUACGUAUAUUAUGAAAGUGUAAUUUUUAUACCAUUUUCAUAUAAAACUCAUGUACCUAAAAUAAGUGUAAAUAUGAUAAGAAUGUUUAAUAUAAUUUUUUCUAUGUGAUUACACUAACCGCUAUGCCAUAUUAUACAGUAUGUAUAUUAAUUUGUAUAGAAAUGUAACUUAUGUUACUGUGUUCGGUAUGGAUUGACUUGUGUGCAUAAAACGUGAUAUCUACAAUCUAUGCUUUAUAUAAAUUGUGAAAAAAACUUAAUGACGUAUUAUUUCA